CUGAAUAUCAUGACAGUCUGAUAAUCGUUGUCAAUGAAAACCUGUUAAAAAUGUCGGAAUUCAAAUGCUCUUACAGAUUCCAUCAAAGACAGAAUUGAUGCCUCUUUAACCUCACAUCAAUGGCUGCUAAGUACUCUCGAUUACCUACUGAAGACAGUGUGAGUCUGGAUUACAGUUCUCCAUUCUCCUAUGGUGCCAGAGAAAAUUCAACCAGUUACAACUCGUACUACACCUACGGAGGCAACAUGGAGAAAAAAUACCGUUCACAUUACACAUACGAUGGGCAAAAUCAUAAUGAUAGAGAUGCCAGGAUUCAUAUUGAGAAGCGGUCCCUGUUGUCAAAUGUCUGUCAUUAUUUCAUGAUUGGCUUGGGAUUCCUACUACUGGUCAUUACAUUUCCUAUAUCUGGAUGGUUCUCUUUCAAGAGGAUUUCAGAGUUUGAACGACUAGCAGUGUUUAGACUUGGACGUCUUCAGGGAGUGAAAGGCCCAGGUAUGGUGUUUGUCCUGCCCUUGAUAGACCAUGUUGUGAAGGUAGACAUCCGUCUGAAAGCUUUUAAUGUUCCUCCACAACAGUUGAUAACUGCCGACAGAGCCAUCAUCGAAGUUGGAGCAGAUGUCCAAUAUCGGAUUAAGGAUGUGACCAAGUCCAUCACUUGUAUAGAAAACCCAAAUCAGAGUCUGAGGGGGCUUGUCCAGGCCUCACUCACCAAUCACCUCUUGUCAAAGGAACUCGCAGUCAUUGAAAAACAAAAGACCUGGAUUAUUUCCAGUAUUGAGGAGGACAGUAACAGAACAGCAGCUAACUGGGGCUUGGAGAUAACUAGGAUACAAUUACCACCAAUCAAGUUACUGAAGCCUCCUGAGGCAGCCCCUAAGAGUGGAGCCCCCAACAUAAUGAUGCCCCCUGGUCUCCCUCAAACAUUCCAACAGCUCACCUCAGUGAUAAUGGAGGCAGCAGCAGCCAAUCAGAGCCAUGGAGCUGAAAGUGAGGCUGUUGACGUGGAGCCACCAGACGUAGUCACUGUAAUAUCCGAGGAUGGAGCUGUCGGGAGCAAUGAUAUAAUGUCAGAGCAACUUGUCACACCCUUGGAACAAGUCCCUACACCCCGUGACAUCCUCUUACAGACCAAUGAUCUCCUCACUGAGGCAAUGGUCAAGAGCGUUCGAGCUGUGUACCAGUUCAAUAUCGGUGGAAAAGAUGGUGGAACAUUUUAUUUGGAUCUGAAAAAUGGAAGUGGACAUGCUGGAGAGGGAGUGCCCCCUGGUGGUGAACCUGAUGUUGUCCUGUCACUCUCUGUCACUGAUAUGCAGCGAAUGUUUAUGGACAAACUAAAACCAAUGCAGGCCUACAUGGGCGGACGUUUGAAGGUGUCAGGAGAUCUAUCAGCAGCACUUCAGUUGGAGGACAUAAUAAAAAAUGUUGUUAAAAAAAUGAAAGGCAGCCAAUCUGGGAUCCAAAUUGUUUAACAUAAAUAUCAUCCAACACAACUACAUUAGUACCUAAUAUAACAUGUACUUAAUGAUUACUACACAACUUGUAUUGUUCUCAAAACAUUUUGCAAAAUAUAAACAAUCCGAAGUCCAAAAUGAUAUUUUGAAACAUACAUUAUGUAAAUUUCAUAUUUUGUCAUGUGAAAAUAGAAAAAAAAAAACACAGAUUUUACCAUUAAUGGGAACUUUUUAUAUGCAUGCCAAAGUAAGGAAAAUGGAGGUAUCAUGAUUCUUCUAAAAUGGCAACAUAUAUGAUUGAAAAAAAAUUGAUCUAAACAGCAUCAUCAUGCCAAGUAGAAAUCAUUCUGGUCAUUCACUUUUGUGACUUAACAAUUGGAAAUCUGUUAUGUUAAACAGUUGUCACACUGGAAAAUAUGGCAUUUAUCCUAUGUCCGUUGUUAUACUAGAUGUUAGAAAGAGUUUCAAAACAUUGAUUACUGUUUUUCAUUGCUGGGACCGAACAAUAGGUGUCAAACGCAUAUGUGAUUUUGUCUUUUCAAGAUAACAAAGUGAUAUUAAGGUUAUAGAAAUACCUUUCAUCUCUCAUGCACUUCAGGUUAUCACUUUUCUGAUCAAACUUCUAUGCUGUCAGUGUCACCUGAGAACUACAAUCACAUUUGUUUCAGAUUGUGUAGUGAUAUAUCUGUAUACCUAACUAGUGGUGAUACAGUGUAGAAUUGUUUUGCAGACAAUCAGAUCUAUUUGUACAACUUUACAACAGUAAUUAAUAAUUAUCUGCUCAAAGUGUGCUGUGGAAUUACUUACUGCUUAUUCUAAAUUCUUUAAAUAUAUCAGGUAUUGUAUAUGAAAAUGGUGGCCA